AUGAGCACCUCCACCAUGUCUCUAGUUAAAUCCUUCACGCACCUCAAAGACAAGCCACAUGGCGAAAAGGCGCUGGACAUGCUACAGAGGGUGGCUUCCCUCGUCAAGCCCAUCAUGCGCAAAAGAGGGUGGACUCUACCUGUGCUUAGCGAAUUCUUUCCCUCUGAUCCCAGCUUGCUUGGCGAGGGAAUAUCCCACAACGUUCCCCUGAGUCAAGCAAGAUCCAAAGCGGCCCUCGCGGCGGAACAAAGACAAAAGAGGGCAGUAAUGUCGGGCAAUGGCGGUGGACAGAGACUUGGCGGUGGACAAAUAAUCACUACCAAGACACCGCGUGAGUUGGCAGCAGAGGCUGCUGGUAGGAGGGCGAGAGAUGAAAAGGCGUGUGGCUCUACCUCCCAAGAAGCUAUUGAGAGAGAAACACAACGUGCCAUGGAGGAGAGUGUUCUUGAUGUCCCAGCCACGACGGAAUCUCAAUCAACGACUACGGACAUACCCUCUUCUUCAUCGCAAACACAACAACCAAACCGCCCUGCUGCUAGCUCUUCUUCUCUUCCAGUGAAGAGAAAGGCCCCAGAAAGGUUACAAUCCAUACCUACAACGGGAAUGAGCAACGGGACUACUGAAGAGACACCGAGAGUCCUACCAGAAGCGAAGCGCGCCAAGACUAUCACCAGUGGAAAUGCCCACAUAGACAGUCUGUCUACACGACAAUGGGCUUGUCAAAUUUGCACGCUCUUGAAUGACGAUAGAGUGGUGGACGUGCAGGGAUUGUGGUAG